AUGGAAGACGCUGGCACGAACAACCCGCCGACCAUACGCAAGGAUAACGAGCCGGCAGCACGCGAGAGCUGCUUACCGGAGGAGUACAGAUCGUUUGUGGCGCAUUCAAAGGAGAAGGACCUUAUGAGAAAAGAAGCGCAGGAAAAGCUAGAGAGGAUGAAGUUGGACCACGAGAAAGAUAUGUGGCACCUAAAGCUUGCAUUCCGUAUCCAGGUCGAUGAUCUCACACGGAAGAAGGAAGAGCUUCAAACUAUAAUUGACGCCUGCGGCAAGCUGUUUGGAGAAAGGCGCGACAAGCAUACGACUGAGAUCGAGGCACUCACCCACGCGACGGAGCUACUUCAAAGUGAAGUGUGUGACAAGGCCAAGGAGCUCAAGGUCAUGUAUGACGCGCACGAUGCUCUGGUCAAGAAACUCGACGACGGGAGGGCGGAGUUACUAAAGAAGCUGGCCGACGCUGCGAAGCAUGCGCUCGCUCUCCAGCCCAACGCAAAGCCAUCCAUCGAGGCUGUUGCUGCCAAAGCCGCUGGGUCAAUCCGUUCCUGCGCACCUCAAAGGCAAAUCUGA